AUGUCUUUGCUGGUCGCCUCUUGCUGCCUGCUAGCAGGAGCACAAGACGUGUUAACUGGCCAUGUCUGCAAAACGGCACAACGUGCCAUUAUCCUUUUUUUGCCUUAUUUCUUAUUUCUAUUUUUCUUUUUCCCAUUGCAGAUUGGUAGCCACGAGGGCACUUGGGUGGUCGCUGAUUACAUUGCAACACCCGGCUCCAAUGAGUUGAGUGUAACUAAGGGGCAACAAGUUGAGGUUGUGGAAGCACCCUCAGCCGCCGAGCCAGAUUUCUGUUUAGUACGCCUAAAUCCACAAAGUGACGAUGCAGCCGUACAGGAAGGACUGGUGCCUGUUUCAAUACUUAAACCAUCGCCAAGCGCACAGAAGAACAGUUCGGCGCGCAAGGAAACAAACGAUGCGAUGCAGGAGCAAAGUAACAAUCGCGGCAAACCGGAUCCGUUGACUUCAUCAACAAAGCGACGUGGCUUUAGCGG